CUUAUUACUUCGAGCGCAAGGUCCCUCUUUUUGUGUUGAGAUGACCCACGAUGCAUCUCACCCAACUCAACCAGGAGUGUCUCCUCCACCUUUUCUCUUUCUUGGACAAGGACACCCGGAAGAGUCUAUCCCUUACAUGUCACCGGUUACAAGAGGUCUUCCUGGACCACCGUCUCUGGAGUCUGCUCCGUUUCACUUCUCCGUGUCAGCUUCGGUGGGACAAUUUUGUGUUGGGACCGUCCUUGCGGUACUUGACUAUUUGCUGGUACUCCAGCAGGGUCCUGCAAGUGUGCAACAUUGAGGACUGGCUGAAGACCGCGUUUCAGAAGGACAUCUGCAGCAAACACGAGCGUGUGGUCAGCACAUUCCUGGCCCACGUCUGCCACAUGUGUCCCCACCUGCUUUCCUUAACGUUGUCCGGCUGUGGCCACAUCACUGACCAGGAUGUGACCUCUGUACUUAGGAGCUGCAGGAAGCUGCGCCAUCUGCAUCUGGAGAAUUGUGUCUGCAUCACAGACUGCAUCCUAGAAGCUGUGGUGGCCCAUGGUGUCAGUUUGCGACAGGUAAAAGUGGAUUUCUGCAGGAACAUCACUCAAGCAGGGUUGCAGGAGGUCAGAGAGAGGAGGCCGGACAUUCAGCUGAGUGCAGAGAGGAGCGCUGGCAUGAUCCCUGACAGCGUGCCCGAGGAGAGGGUGACCAUCAGGAAGACGCUGCAGAAGGUUCUGCAGUUCUCCUGAUGGAAACAGCACCACUGGCUGUAUGAACUGUGAUGAUAUAUGAACAUCUGUUUUGUACUCAGUGAUAUUGCUUUUAUGUGGCACAUUUUAUAAUUGUCUUCCAAACAAAACAAAUGACAGUAAAGUCUUAUUUUUCUGAA